UAUUGAGGGAGAAAUGACCUCACAAGCACCACCACGACCACCUCUUCUCGUCGUCUUUACUGUAAAUCUCAUUAGCUUGUCUGCCUUCAAAGCAAGAUGCUUCUUCUCUCUUACUUUCCCAACGGUAAGUCCUCCUUCUCAUCUUCUUCUUCUCCUCCCAUCUUUUGGUGAAGUUCUUUCCCCUUUUCUUGUCUACUAUUGUGAAUCUUUCUAUAAAAGUAUACACAAGUCCACCAAAUCUGGAGAAAUUCUCAGCCCAAUUCAAAUUCUAUUACGAUUUUCAGAUACCUUUAGUUCAGUUUCUCCGCUGAUACUUUUCAGAAGUCUCUGAAACACCGAGUUCUCUCCAAAGAAAAAAAAAAAGGGAAAAAAAAAAACCCAUUUCAGAUUGAGAGAACUUUCUAAAAGCCUACUUGGGUUUUCUACAAAAUUCAAAAAAAUCGAUCCCAAAAUCUAGAUUUCUCAAAAGAUCUUUCAUAGUUUGGAGAGUUUAGCAAAACCCAUUUCAUAAAUUUUCUAAUUCACAAAAAAAGAAACCACGUUGGAUUUUCCAUGGAUACCCUCCUAAGAACCCACAACAAACUUGAAUUGCUUCACCCAAUUCAUGGGUUUGCAGAGAAACACAGCUUCUCAAACUCCUCAAAGCUUCUCCACCAUGAUUGUAGAUUUAAACUCAAGAAAUUUCAGAAGGAAUGGUGUCGAAAUGGUUGUGUUAAGGCCAAUGGCAGUGCUCUUUUGGAGCUUGUUCCUGAAACGAAGAAAGAAAACCUAGAAUUUGAGCUCCCCAUGUAUGACCCAUCCAAGGCCCAAGUCAUGGACUUGGUGGUAGUUGGUGGUGGGCCCGCAGGGCUCGCUGUCGCCCAGCAGGUCUCCCAAGCGGGCCUCUCGGUCUGCUCCAUCGACCCAUCACCAAAGCUGAUCUGGCCGAACAAUUACGGCGUCUGGGUGGAUGAGUUUGAAGCUAUGGAUCUUCUUGACUGUCUUGACACCACCUGGUCUGGUGCCGUUGUGUUCAUUGAUGACCGGACCAGGAAGUACCUUGACAGGCCAUAUGGCCGGGUCAACCGCAAGCAGCUCAAGUCUAAGAUGAUGCUGAAAUGCAUCACAAACGGCGUCCUGUUCCACCAGGCGAAGGUGGUUAAGGUUAUUCACGAGGAGUCUAAGUCCGUUUUGAUUUGCAAUGACGGUGUCACCGUUCAGGCUAGGGUGGUCCUUGAUGCCACGGGGUUUGCACGGUGUCUUGUCCAGUAUGAUAAGCCGUAUAAUCCUGGCUACCAAGUUGCCUAUGGGAUCCUCGCGGAGGUUGAAGAACACCCAUUUGAAUUGGAUAAGAUGGUCUUCAUGGAUUGGAGGGAUUCACAUCUUGAUAACAAGAUUGGAUUGAAAGAGAGGAAUGAAAAAAUCCCAACAUUUCUUUAUGCAAUGCCUUUCUCAUCAAAGAGGAUUUUUCUUGAAGAGACUUCGUUGGUUGCCCGGCCUGGUCUACGGAUGGAAGACAUACAGGAGAGGAUGGAGGCUAGAUUGAAGCAUUUGGGUAUCAAAGUGAAGAGCAUAGAAGAGGAUGAAAGGUGCAUUAUCCCAAUGGGCGGUCCUCUUCCGGUGCUCCCCCAGAGGGUUGUAGGAAUAGGUGGUACUGCAGGUAUGGUGCACCCAUCUACCGGGUACAUGGUAGCCAGGACUCUUGCAGCAGCUCCAAUAGUUGCAGACUCAAUUGUCCAGUACCUCAGUUCCGAACGGGCAGUUCUGGGGAAUGAAUUGUCUGCAGAAGUUUGGAAAGAUUUGUGGCCGAUAGAGAGGAGGCGACAACGGGAGUUCUUUUGCUUUGGAAUGGAUGUUCUGCUCAAGCUUGAUUUGAAAGGGACAAGGAGGUUUUUUGAUGCCUUUUUCAAUCUUGAACCCCAUUAUUGGCAUGGAUUUUUGUCAUCGAGGUUGUUUCUUCCGGAGCUUGUGUUUUUUGGGGUUUCCUUGUUCUCACAUGCCUCCAAUAUUUGUAGGUUAGAGAUCAUGGCAAAGGGCACUCUUCCCCUGGUAAAUAUGAUUACCAACUUAUUGCAAGACAGAGAUUAGGAUGAUUUGAUUUUUAUCAGCUGUAUCUUACUCUUAAUUGCUGAAUUGUAUCUAUGAUUCUAUAUCUAAGGGCAUGUUUUUCUGUCAACCUUCAAUGUCAGUUAAACCACUCUAGUAACGUUGUUUACUUUAUUUUUUUCUUUUAAUCUUUCUUAAAACUUUUAGGAGGAGAUGCAUUUCCUGAGCUUAUAGCUGUUGGGCCUGCUCUGUUCAUGUAUUCCCUCAGUAAUUCUGCAUAGAGUUCAAUGACAAAAGUCAUCUUUUCUUUU